AUGGUCAGGAUGUACUCCAUCGACAUGCGGUGCUCCCUGUGUCUCCAUCCCGGGUCUUUUGGGUGGGUAUACAGGUGUUCCCAAGACCGUGAACUCAUGAUUGGGAAUGCUUACAAUGAGGGAGGUGUGAAUGGCCUUGAUAGCCUCUUUGAUUCUUUCACGGUUCCAGCAGAACCUAAGAGGAGAAGUGCAGCAGCGCGUGUGCGUCCGGUGUCUUUCCUUGAAGAGAUGGGGCCAGGGCAGCUUCAGGCGUAUAGCCCGCAGCAGCUCAGCAUACUUCUCGACCAGAGAACACACGUCCUCGACGUCGCAAAGCGCCACAGCAGAGACCUCGAGAUAUACCGCCACCGCGAGCAAUCCGUCCUCAGCCCCUACUCAGACCUCGGCAACGCCUCCGAUGAAUCCAAACUCUGGGUCCCAAAACCAAAUGAAGAGUGCCAGUUCAAAGUCUGCCACCGGUGCCGCCAAGCAUGCGGCGAGCGUUCUUUUCUUAGCCUAGACGCCAUCGCCAACGAUGAGAUCCCCAUGACAGCCAUCUCUGGAUUCGGCUUCAAUAUUCUAGGCAAGAGGCCUGUGGUUCCACGCAAAUGCGCCAUCAAUUACGGUCUUAGACCAGAUCCACGACCACAGAUGGUAUUUAGACCAGUUGCAAAGGGAAAAGGUCUAGGGAUUAACAUCGUCAAGACUCCCCAUGACCAGCUCUCGGAACAGGUUUCCAUUCAACUAAGCCCCUUUGAUGAUGAACCAGGCGCCGAUACUACAUUCGGGCAGUCGUCUAACGCGUACGAUUCUUCCGCCAUGGCUAGAAGUCUCAAUCUCGAAUCCGAUAUUGAAAUCACCCCCAUCGAACCAGACGAAAGAUAUGCGCUCCGACGAGUCCUCCAUGUCAACAUGAUUCUCGCAGCAGAAACUGCCAAAGCCGACGCGGUAGAGGGAAGUAGUCUCCUAUCCCACAUCCGGGCCGCGGAUACGCCACCAAAUUCUCCUCGCCUUCGCGCGGCGAAAAUGGAUGAUAAACAGGGGAAGCGCCCUGCUGUGCUUCGUGGUAGAAGCGAUAAUUCUCUCCAUACCAACGCGGAACUCCGUCGUAAGUUUAAUCUUGAUGAUGUGGAAGGUGAUGAGGAGGAUGAUAUAACGUAUAUUCUGCGGAAAAGACGCUUUUACCUCGCGUCUGAUGCUCAGUCGGACUCGAAGGAGGAGGAGGAUGGGAAGUCUACUUCGGAGUUUGCUACUACUAUGGAAGUGGAAGAUAGGGAUGCUGAGGGCUCGACUGCUAAGCCGGUGGUUGUCACCAGAAGAACAGUGGGGAUACAACUUUCCGAUGUGGUCACGCAGAUAUAAGCCGAAUAUUUGCUCCUGGAUUUGGGAAUAUACUGGUCAAUAGGGUCAUCUCGAUUUCUUCUUUCUUCUUCGCUCGUGGAUGAUACCCCGGAAAGAGUUGGCUAGGCCUAUGGAUGUAGUAUAAGCAAUAUCGCACCAGCUGGUCCUUAAAUCGUGGUUAGAUCAAGUAGCCACAAAAAAACAAGC